CAUACAGCUUUGGAUGGCCUUUCAGUUCCAUUGCCUUCUUCUCUUUCCUCUUCCUCCUUAAGUUUAAUACCUCUCUAGUUCAUUGACCACAGCCAUGGCUCAGAUUCCACAGUUUCUGUUCGCUUGCCAAGAAGAAGUAAACAGUGACGUGACCUUUUUCUCCUUGCCGCCUCAGGCUCAAAAUGUUGCUGAGAACGCACCUACUGCAGCUACCAAUCAAGUCAUGCAUCUUCCCUUGAAUGCCGUGAAUGGUUCUAAUGAAAAAUUCAAUUCCAUCAGAGGAUUUGUUUGUUUUAUAUAUCAGCGGCGUCUUGUAGAUGGAAAUAUCGAACAUGUGCAGAUGAUAUGUAAACCUAACACUCAAGAAUCCUCAAUCUUACCGACUAUGAACACUACUAGGGUUCGUAUGAUGACCUAUUACGGGUAUGAUGAAGUUUAUAACCAGUUGAAGGUUUUGUCCAUGACUUGGCGAAACGGUAUGAAUUAUGAUAAUCAUCAAGUUCUGACUUUUGGACCUGGCAACGCAUGGAGAACUAUCCCUUGCAGCGUACCCCAUCAUUCAUCAAAGAAAGGGAUAUGCAUCAAUGGUGUUUUGUAUUAUCCAGCUAUCGAUAUGUCUACUGAUCAUGAUAUGAUAGUUUGCUUUGACGUAAACUCUGAAGUGUUCAGCUCUCUUCCAGACAUCAUGGAAACAAUGAUUGAAGCAGUGAAGUAUGGGUCUUUUAUACACUACAACGGUAAAUUAGGUAUACUUCAGUCUGAAAACAUUCUUGGUGUUGAUAAUACAAGUACAUACUUUACGAUGUGGCUUCUAGAUCAUGAAACGCAGGUAUGGGCUCAUCAGAUAUAUGAGUUCCCUGCUUCGUUUGAGGAUACAGUUGGAGAGGCCAUGUUAAGGUUUGAUGGAAUAAUCACUCUAACAAAUGAAGUUGUGUUCUCGUCUUACUAUCCUUCCAACCCGUUUUACCUUUUCUACUACAAUAUCGUUACAAAUACUUUCCGAAAAGUUGAAAUCGAAGGAAUGGAGGCCUACAACUACCGUUACACCUUUCUGAACUAAGUCAAGGUCUUAAAGCUUAUGCAAGUGCUUAUGUACUUCAUAACUUCAGACUUUGUUUGGCUCAAUGUUCUCAUCAUAUCAUCAUCAUCAUCACACGAUCUUAUUGGAUAUGGCUGUUUUCUGCAUUGGACUUUUUAUCCCUUUCCUUGUUUACUCUUUAUUGUAAGGUUUGGCUUCUUUUCUUGCUUUGUACUCUCUU